UUCGUCGGGAAAAACAACGCCUCAAGAACAAAAAAAUAUUGUGGAGAAAAAAAAAGAAAGAAAAAAGAAAAGAUUUCUCCGUUGCCGAGUGGCCUCGAGAACGGCCAUAAAACAGCCGCAGAAAUUGGGCGAAUCGCAAGCAAGUAUCAGACGUCGUCGUGCGGUAAAGCAACGUCGCCGACGGUACGCCGCAUAAGUACAAGUGAUACAUUGAACGAGGGUAACAUACCUGAGGAACGUUUUACAAAUUUGGAUAGAAUUGAUAAAAAAACAUCGGAGUCCAACGAUUGUUCGGUUAUUAUUGGCGGAGAUUGUGAUAAAAUCACAUCGCCGUUAUUAACGGCGACUGAUACACCGAAAAAUCAUCAAAUUAAUACAGAAGUAACCUCGACGGCGCGUGUCGUCCGCGAGGUACAAAGCACAGACAAGACGACCAUCAACAUUGGUGUCGCAAUGAACCACGUUAAUGAACAGGAUAACCUGAAGCAGCUCAAUUUAACACCUGUGCAGGUUAACGAAUUCGAGGAGAUGGAUACCCAAGAGGAGGCGCCGAAUGAUGGACGAGGCGAUGGCAGGGGUGAAUUACCACCUAUAAAUGGAGAAUUGGAGUUCGAGCUUGCAGGCAUGAACGAAGACAUGCCCGGCUGCGUCAGUCUGGAUCACGAGAUGAACGAAGAUGAGGCAAGAUCUGAGGCGACAUUUCGCUAUACCGUCAAGGAUGUAUCAACGAUGAAGGACUCACAGCUGUCGCCAGCGUGCUAUGUACGUAAUUUACCAUGGAAAAUAAUGGUAAUGCCGCGGUCGAGCCAGACUCAGGAAAGGCAGCUCCAACGAUCCCUUGGAUUUUUCCUCCAGUGUAAUGGUGAGAGUGAAUCAUCAACGUGGAGCUGCUAUGCUGUUGCUGAAUUACGCCUUCUGUCAUGCAAGGAAGGCCAAGGGCCGUUCAACAGAAAAAUACAGCAUCUGUUCUAUAACAAGGAGAAUGAUUGGGGAUUCAGUCAUUUCAUGCUGUGGCAGGAUGUCUUGGACCCGGACAAGGGAUACAUCACAGAUGAUUCGAUAACACUUGAGGUGCACGUUGCAGCAGAUGCUCCACAUGGUGUGAGCUGGGACAGCAAAAAACACACAGGCUUCGUAGGGUUGAAGAAUCAAGGGGCAACAUGCUACAUGAAUUCCCUUCUGCAGACCCUCUACUUCACAAAUCAAUUACGCAAAGCAGUUUAUAAAAUGCCAACUGAGAGUGACGACUCAAGCAAGAGUGUUGCACUAGCACUGCAGAGGGUAUUUCACGAGUUGCAAUUUUGUGAUAAACCAGUUGGUACAAAAAAAUUGACCAAGAGCUUUGGAUGGGAAACGCUUGAUUCAUUCAUGCAGCACGAUGUUCAGGAAUUUUUGCGUGUGCUACUUGACAAACUUGAAAGUAAAAUGAAGGGCACUUGUGUGGAGGGUACAGUGCCAAAAUUGUUCGAGGGAAAAAUGGCAUCGUUCAUAAAAUGCAAAAAUAUUGAUUAUACAUCAAAAAGGGUCGAGACAUUUUACGAUAUACAGUUGAAUAUCAAGGGGAAGAAAAACAUUUAUGAGUCAUUUAAGGAUUAUAUCAGCACAGAGAUACUUGAUGGAGAUAAUAAGUAUGAUGCUGGAGAGCAUGGACUUCAGGAGGCAGAGAAGGGAGUCAACUUUCAGUCUUUUCCACCGGUUCUGCAUCUUCAUCUCAUGAGAUUUCAGUAUGAUCCAGUUACAGACUGUUCCGUGAAAUUCAAUGACAGAUUUGAAUUUUAUGAGAAGAUAAGCUUGGGUCCUUACCUUCGGCCAGAAGAUCCAUUAAAUGCGAAUUAUACCCUGCACGCUGUGCUUGUUCACAGUGGGGAUAAUCAUGGUGGACACUAUGUUGUCUUCAUCAAUCCCGCUGGGGAUGGAAAGUGGUGUAAAUUUGACGACGACGUAGUAUCAAGGUGUACAAAACAGGAGGCAAUAGAGCAUAACUAUGGUGGGCAGGACGAGGACAUGUCAAUGGCAGUUAAACACUGCACAAAUGCAUACAUGUUGGUCUACAUACGUGACUCAGAGCUACAAAAUGUACUCCAAGAGGUGAAAGAAGAGGAUAUACCUCAAGAGCUGGUGGAGAGGCUACUAGAGGAGAAGAGGCUGGAACAAAUAAGAAGAAAGGAAAGAAACGAGGCGUACUUGUAUAUGACCGUGAACGUACUGCUUGAGGAUAGCUUUGAUGGACACCAGGGGAAUGAUCUUUAUGAUCCUGAGCAGGCACAUUAUCGAAUGUUUCGAGUUCGCAAACAGGCGACACUCCAUGAAUUCCUCGAAUUACUCAGUGAGAGUUUGAAAUAUCCCAUAGAGCAGAUCAGAGUCUGGCCAUUCAGUGCCAGGACAAAUCAGACCUGCAGGCCAACCCUGAUCGAGCCUGAAGCUGAUCUCCAAAAGGCAAUGACAAAUUGUGCUGAGAACGUCAAUCCUUGGCACGUGUUUGUCGAGCUGGUGCCUCCAGAUUCCGGCCUGACUGCUCUCCCACCCUUUGACAAGGACACCGAUGUAUUGUUAUUCUUCAAACUUUAUGAUCCAAAGAAUAAGAAGAUACAUUACGCUGGUCAUCACUACAUGCCAGUUACGGCCAAAGUUCAGGAACUCAUUCCCAUUCUCAAUGAGCGAGCUGGAUUCCCACCUGAUACAGAGUUAGCUCUCUACGAGGAGAUUAAACCAAAUAUGGUGGAAAAGAUCGCAAAUCUGACGGAGCCACUAGAGAAAGUACUGGAGGAGCUUAUGGACGGUGAUAUUAUUGUGUUCCAGAAGAAGGAGAGGGACAAUGAAAUGUAUGAACUACCAACGUGUCGUGAUUACUUCAAGGAUCUGUUCUACAGGAUAGGAAUUGUAUUCUGUGACAAGACCAUACCAAAUGAUCCUGGAUUCCUAAUAGAAUUAUCGUUCAGGUCGAAUUACGAUCAGAUGGCAAAGGCUGUGGCCCAGAGACUUGGCACUGAUCCUUAUUCAUUACAGUUUUUCAGGUGUCAAAAUUAUAAAGACUUACCAGGCCACCCGUUAAGGUGUACAUACGAUGGUACCGUGAAGGACGUCGUCGCCUGGUGUAAGCCAAAGAUAAAGAAAAUAUUUUAUCAACAAUUGAGUAUUCGAGUAAACGAACUAGAGAAUAAGAAACAAUUCAAAUGCAUCUGGGUUGGACCAUUCUUGAAAGAGGAAAAGGAGAUUAUUCUGUAUCCAAAUAAAAAUGGCACUGUUGCGACACUCCUCGAGGAGGCGAAGAAGCAGGUGGAGUUUUCUGAAAAUGGCUCGGGAAAAUUGAGACUGCUUGAGGUUCAUUGCAAUAGACUCAUGCCAGGUCCCAAAGACGAUACUUCACUCGAAACCCUCAAUGCACUUGGAAACAAGACCUACAGGAUAGAGGAGGUACCAAAGGAUGAAGUAAACCUCGCUGAGGACGAGAUUCUUGUACCUGUUGCUCAUUUCCAUAAGGACAUUUUCUCCACAUUUGGAAUUCCAUUUAUGUUUAAGAUCAAACAUGGUGAGCCCUUUACGAAGGUGAAGGACAGAUUAUUGAAAAAACUAGGGGUACCAGAAAAAGAAUUUGAAAAGUUUAAGUUCGCGAUUGUGUCAAUGGGCAAAGCACAGAUUAUCACCGACGAGACGGAUUACUUCAUAAAUCUCGCUGAUUUCCGAGCUGUUCCCAAUCAGAAUGCACCACAGCAGAGGCCUUGGCUGGGUUUGGACCACGUCAAUAAAGCCCCAAAGCGUUCCCGAGUUAACUACCUCGAAAAAGCUAUUAAAAUAUACAAUUAAAUUCUCACCUAAAAACAAAACCAAGAAAUGAUAACGAAAAGCAAAAAUUAAGAGUAAUAUCGUCAUGCGGAAACGAGCAAUUGUCCGAGUCAGCCAUCCUUGUUAUGUAUGCAGGAACUCUUUGUUAAGUGCAUCGAGGGAGGUCAUGACACUGUAUGUGAAUGUGUUAGCGCUGCCUCAACUGAAGAAUCAUUAAAUAAAGUUUAACAUCUCAAUUAAAUUAAACGUGAAAAUUCAAUAGAUUCAAAUUGAGAGAAGUACAAGCGAUUUUUUUGAGCGUUUACAUGAUUCAAUAAUUAUGCUGAUGAUAGAUACGAAGAGAAUGAAAAAUAAUCAUGAAAUUACGAAGAACGUUUUCACACUAAACCUCAGCGAGACGAUCAAUUUUUUUUGGAAAGAAAGCCAGCAUAUGCAUUGAGAAAAUGAAUAUGGCAUUGAUUUUCUCGGAUUAAUGUGCUUUAACUAAAAAAAUUAUGAAUUUAUCCCACUUCACUCGCAAAGGAAUGAACGAAAAUGAAUAUAUAAAAUUCCUAGUAUUUUUAAAAAGUUGAAAAAAAGUGAAAUCAUAAAAUAUUAACGACAAGAUUUGUGAUGAAUAAAUUAAUCAAACCACGCCAUCGCGAUUUGAUAACUCGUCUCGUUAUUCUGGCGUUACUCCAAUGUGAACGUAAAUUAUGUGACAUAUAAGGUUUGCAAUAAAAUCGUAAAAUGAAUUAAUAAAUAAACGAAAACAAAAACAAAUGGAGUAAACAAUACUUAAUAUACAACGUAUUAUACAUGUGUUAUUAUCAAUCAAUCGUAGAUUAGGUAAUAAUUUAGAGUGAAACUUUUAGAAUUAACUCUUAAUCGAUCUGAUGAAAUGUAAGGAGUUGAAAUUGUGAAGUAAUUUAUUCAUCUAAACGAAGUGAAAUAAAUGAAGGGCUGGAGAAUUAGGUGGAAAAAAUAAAUAAAUGUGCACAGAGGAUUAAAUCCAACGCCGGGUAUCGAGUACGACUGAAUCAUACCUGAUGAAAUAUUCAUUUUGAUUGGGAAAUAAUUAGGCAAAUAAUUACGAGAGAUGUAAACAAAUAAUCAUGAAUACUUAUUUUACGUUUAGAAAGUGCAUUUAUCUGGGAAAAUUGCAGGCGAUCCCAUCACUCAAUACUACAUCCAAUAAUAAUAUCGCACUCAUUUUUUAAUUGCACUCUACUACAAUUGUUAAUUGAUUAAAAAUUUUAGAAUUUUAGUUGAAAAUUGUGCUGAAAUAUGGUGGGCACUGACUAUGUCAAUUUGAAGAAAUAUUUCCGAAUGAAAAUGAGUAGUAAUCUCUCAGCAUAAUUAAUUAAAAAAUUACUUUCUGUAAUAUAAUAAUGUCACGACUAGGUAUUUAAAACUUUUUAUGGUUAGAUUGCAUCGCGUUUUUAUCUUAUUUUUGUAUGAUUAAUGUACGCAUGCAUCUUCCUGAAGAGACUUUUCCGUGGAUAUUGUAAUUCCAGGGCCUUCUCACUGAGCACCAGUCGAUCAUGAUUUCAAUUUUCCUUAAUGAAUUUUCUUUAUUUCCCUCUGCCUCCUCGAAAAUUCAAUUGAAUCGAGUGAUGGAUGAAAAGAUAUAAAAUAUCAGGUAUCCACUUUGUUAUUUAAAUUUUGAUAGAUCACUCUGUUCAUUCCUUGUUUAUAAAAUAAUUGUUUACAUGAUUUUUUAAAUAAAUUUUUCGCUUAUUAAUUUAUCGACGAUGAUCAUUUAUGAAUUAUUCUUCUCACUGGGGAAUGAAGAGAGUGAAAAGAAUUCAGAAUAUGGCGAUUUUAAUAUCUUAUUAAUGGUUAAUUUUUUUUUGAGAGAGAGAAAGCUGUCAUUUAUUUUUGUUCCACUUUUGCAGAAAACAUCGCAUAAAUUUACUAUGUGAAUGGGAAAAUUGUUUAAGUUAUAACUGUAUGAUAUUAAUAAUAAAAUAGAUAACAUUCA